UACCAUCAGCGGCUGUACGUCAUAGUUCUGAAAAUCAAUGGAAUCUCGAAGGUGUUGUCAGUUGAUUGGAAAUUUCAUCUGAGAAAUCGAUAUUGUCUUUGAAUAAAAGGUGCCGGAACGCAGAGCUCUACCUCAGAACCAUUUGAGACGUUAAAUAUCUACAUUCCAGUGCAAAAUAAUUAACUUGAGCCGUUGUUAGUGUCAACAAACUUUGGCCCACUUUGUAAAGUUUUGGAACUUUUUUUUCAAGACUUAAUUUCUUUUAGACAAGCUGCUUGCUGAUGGCGCGGCCAGCUAGUGCCCAGUCACAGUCGAAGUUUGCUUGGGGCGAUCAUGGAAGUGCAAGACCGGAUAUUCAAUUUGACUUUGGUCAGGAUCCUGGGGUUCGGGAUGACCCAGAUUUGAGCCCCUCUGCAAUGGAUGAUGACUCUGUGUACAUGAGUGGCGACAAGAACAAAUCAUCUGCGGUUGCUACUACUUCAAAAAAUCAGUCAAAGUCCUGCUUUGCUAAAAUUGGCGGUGGAAUAAGAUCACUAUGGGCAACCCGUCAGACAGAGGAUGUGAAGGGAGACAGGGAACUUCAUGUGAAGACGACUCUACGAGAGCUGAUCAUCUACAUCGUAUUCCUGGUCAUCCUGUGUAUCGUGACAUUUGGUAUGACCCAGACUACGAUGUACUACUACACGAAGGUGAUGAGUGACCUGUUCCUGGACAAGACCCACUCUGGCGGCGGAUCUUUCCGUACCAUAACAAGUGUGGAGGAUUUCUGGAAGUUUGCAAAGGAACCACUUAUCAAUGGACUGUACUGGGAGACCUGGUAUAACAACGACACUGUACCCACCGAACAACAAGGCUACAUCUACUAUGAAAACAAACUGCUUGGUGUACCGCGACUUCGGCAACUUCAGGUCCACAGCAACUCUUGUCACGUUCAUGAUGACUUUGCCGAGGUGAUCCGCGAAUGCUACGAGUCUUACGCUGAAAGUUUGGAAAACAAGCAACCGUUUGGUCCAGGUGUUAAUAAUGAAGAUAACUACACAGCCUGGUACUAUCGAAGUCAGGAUGAACUUGAUGGGUCUAGUCACUGGGGUAAAAUCUCUACAUACAGUGGUGCCGGCUAUGUACAGGACUUAACUUCAAACAAGAGCGAGUCGUCGGGUAUCAUCAAUUACCUGUUUGACAAGCGUUGGAUACGUAGAGGCACGAGGGUCCUGUUUAUAGACUUCACUGUGUACAAUGCCAAUAUAAACCUUUUCUGUGUGAUCAGGCUGACGGUAGAGUUCCCGCCUACAGGAGGAGCAAUCCCCCAUGCGACGAUGAGAACAGUGAAGUUGAUCCGCUAUGUUACGGUGAUGGACUAUUUCAUCAUGGCGUGUGAAUUUAUCCUCUGUCUCUUUAUCCUGUACUACAUGGUUGAAGAAGCUAUCGAGAUCAAGAAGCACAAGUUCUCCUACUUCAAGAGCGUCUGGAACAUCCUUGACAUUCUCGUGAUUGUGAUUGCCCUCGUGUGUGUUGCGUUUAAUGUUUACCGUACGCUGAAAGUCGAUGAGCUGCUGCAGGAGCUGCUCGACAAGCCAGAUCAGUAUGCCGACUUUGAGUUCCUCAGCUACGGUCAGACACAGUUUGACAACGCUAUUGCCAUCGCUGUCUUCUUGGCCUGGAUCAAGAUCUUCAAGUACAUCAGCUUCAACAAGACGAUGACCCAGCUCUCCUCCACACUUGGCAAGUGUGCCAAGGAUCUUGCUGGCUUUGCAGUGAUGUUCUUCAUCAUAUUCUUGGCCUUCACCCAGCUCGGCUACCUUCUGUUUGGAACUCAAGUGAAAGACUUCAGUAACUUCCAGAAUUCCUUCUUCACACUGUUCCGUAUCAUCCUUGGAGAUUUCGACUUCGACCAACUUGAGGCUGCUAACCGUGUACUUGGACCAAUCUUCUUCAUGCUGUUUGUAUUCUUUGUGUUCUUCGUUCUUAUCAACAUGUUCUUGGCUAUCAUCAACGACACCUACUCCGAGGUGAAGGGAGACAUGGCCAACCAGAAGAACGAGUUCGAGAUGGGUGACUACUUUAAGAGAGGCUAUGAGAAGAUGUUGAACAAACUGAACUUCAAACAUGACAAGAUUGUUGACAUCCAGAAAGCACUUAAAUCUGCGGACAUAAACAACGACAAACAAGUUGACUUUGAUGAAUGGCGCCAGGACCUUAAAACUCGAGGCUAUGCUGAUGGCGAGAUUGAGGCUUUGUUUGCUAAGUACGAUAUUGACGGUGACCGUGUGCUGGACGAGGAUGAACAGAAGAAAAUGCAGGCCGACCUCAAUGACCAAAGAGAUGCCCUCAAAAAGGAAUAUGAUGAACUGGACAAGAUUGACCGACCAGAGAGUGCACGCAGAUCCGCAAGCCGUGUCAGUUUCAAUGACGACAGUGCAGAAGACAGCGACGACGAAGACAGCCGCACAAAAUCAUCCCGAUCAGGUCCCUCACAGAGUGUUUCAUACGAAGAAUUUACAGUGUUAUCUCGCAGAGUGGACAGAAUGGAACAUUCUAUUGGCAGUAUUGUUUCAAAGAUAGACGCAGUUUUAGUAAAAUUAGAAGCCAUGGAAAAAGCAAAAUUAAAAAGAAGAGAAACAAUGGGUAAAAUCCUAGACAGUAUAACAGAGUCCGACGGGACAAGUGACGAAGUUAAAAGAGAACAAAUGGAAAGAUUAGUGCGAGAAGAGUUAGAAAGAUGGGAUUCAGAGUCAUCUAUAACCCCACAGCCAAGUGGUCGAGGGCCAUCCCCUAGCAGUAGUGGGCACGGUGGGGCCAGAAAUAGGUCACGACCGGAAUCUGGGGGAAAUGCGGAAAAAGAAGAUAAACCGAAGCGGGCACCGCUGCGCCCAUUUUUAUACGACCAUGGUGACAAUAAUGGUCAAAGUGCUAUAUUAGUAGCCCCCAAAACUGUUAAAAAGAAUAAAAACUAGAAGGACAUAUUUGACAGUGGAAUCUACAACAGCCAUUGCUGACAAGAUAGGCUGACUCUGUGACUUUAUACACAAAACCACUGUUUUUAUGUGCCAGUUAUGACCAAUGGACUUUUGAAAAAACAUGAUCAUUCCAGCUUUAUAGAUGUUAUAAUGUGUUAUUUAAAUAUAAUGCACAUGCUAUGCUACAAUAAAUUCUGCAUUUUGAAAAAUUAGUGAAAGAAAAAAAUCCCAUGUUUUUCUGUUUUUCAGUGAAACACGCAAAUAGAAAAAAUUAGGUACUAAAAAUGAAGAAAAAUGAAAUAAUAGGUAAUAGUCUGUGCAAGUUCUUUACUUAAUUCAGGUAAUCGCAUUUAAGUAUUACUAAACAAUUUCAAAAUAAAAAGAAAGUUUUUUAAAUAACCAAGGCCUUUGCUUUGAUUAUUGUCUGAUUUGCCAUGGUUCAGAUGUGUAGGAAAUUAACAACAGGACCAUUGUUUACUGGAGAAUUUACCAUGCUUGAAUCCCUUCUUUGUUUAAGUGACUGCCAAAUCAAACCACGUUAGAAAUGUUAAAUACUAAACUUAAGGCUCUGAAGAAUCUCAUUGAAAGCAAAGAUUAGAUCAGCUAUUGACUACUACAAAUUCUAAGAAUAUUCUUUUAUAUAUUACAAGCAGUCGGUACAGUUUGGCAGUCCACCUAUGCAGUAUUUAUUGUAGCAAAUAAGAAACAUUUUUAUGUUCUGUGUUGUACUAGUCAUUUUAGACACGAAAAAUGUGAUAUGUAAUUCUGUCCAAGGCACUCCGUCCUAAGAAAACCUAUAAAUCUGUGAAAAUCCGUCCUCAGAUUUUACAUGUAACAUUACUGCUGAUUGUUACGUUUUUAUUUUACAUGAAUUUUAUGUUUUAUUCUUGUUUGGUUCAAGAUCAAAUUUUAAAGUGAUUUUACAGUCAUGUGGCAGAAGAAAAAAGUUGAACUUUUAGAUUUGUACAUACCACUGUGUUAUUACAUAAAUUGUCUCAAAAGGUGUACAUUUUUAGCUCACCUGAGCACAAAGUGCUCAGGGUGAGGUAUUGUGAUCGCUCACCGUCCGGCGUCCGUCCGUCCGUCCGUCCGUCUGUCCGUCCGUCCGUCCGUCCGUCCGUCGUCCGUCCACACUUUCCUUUAAACAACAUCUCCUCCUAAACCAACAGGCCAAUUUUGAUGAAACUUCACAGGGAUGUUCCUUGGAUGGCCCCCUUUCAAAAUUGUUCAAAGAAUUGAAUUCCAUGCAGAACACUGGUUGCCAUGGCAACCGAAAGGAAAAACUUUAAAAAUCUUCUUCUCAAAAACCAGAAGCCCUAGAGCUUAGAUAUUUGGUGUGAAGCAUUGCCUAGUGGACCUCUACCAAUUUUGUUCAAAUCAUGACCCGGGGUCAAAAUUGACCCCGCCCCAGGGGUCACUUGAUUUUACAUAAGAAAAUCUUAAAAAAUCUUCU